CAUUUUGAGUUGAUAAGAAGAUUCGUUCGAGUCGGUCGAUUUCAACUUUACAGAAUGCAAUCAAGUAGUGCAAUUUCUGCCUUGGUAUAAGCAAGAUGAAAUCUCAAAUCACUUGGCUCCUGGCGGGGCUAGUCCUGACAUUGGGCCACGAUACAACUCAGAAAAUGAGAGCCGAGUGUGACUCAACGAGCAAAUAUGUGGUUCCAAACUUCAAGAGUAAUUGGUACAAAGCCAUGGAGUAUUGCCACUACUUGGGCAUGAAGCUGGUAACGGUGGCCAACGGGGACGAGCAGAUGGCCAUUGUCGGUAGCAUCGAAGACACCGACAAAGCCAACGGAACGUCGUUUUGGACCGGUGGAAACGAUUUGGGUGAUUCCGGAAACUACCACUGGUACUCGACGGGCACCAGGAUUAUGUGGUUCAAUUGGAAUACAUCGGAUCGGUAUGGAAGAAACGGGGAUUGUGUAUAUCUUGCAACCCGAAGGGAGGAUCCAGAAGCGGAUUCGGAUUUCAACGAAUGGAAGUGGUUUACUGCGUCCUGCAGCAACGCGAAAUAUUUCGUUUGUGAAAGAGUUUGAAACGAUUUUCAAAUUUCAACGUUACCAAAUAAAAUUUAAAACUCCAAAAUCUUUCAAUUCUGGUGAACAUGUGAGUGGACAGAGAUCGACCAGUUAUGUAAUUGCAAAGUUUAUUCUCUGAAUCGAUCAACAAUCGACCAAAGCUGAGACUUGUCUCUAUACAUUUGAUUGGUACCAGAGAUGAGAAAUGUCAUGAAAAUGUCAUUCUAUUAUGUGAUAGUUUCACUAUCCCUAGAAGGAAAUCUUUGUCAACGACAUCAUAAAUUUGCCACAACUAAUCAAUAUGAUAGAUUGGUAAAGCUCACGAACGUCAAUUCACACCGAGAAUUGUGUAAAUUGAAAAAUGU